GGUUUAAUUUAACCGGUCAACUGCCAUUUUUAAUCAGAUUUUGGUGUCUUCCAACAAAUUUUUGAUAUUGAUUUUAAAUUGAGAAUUAUUCCCCAAAAAUUUUAAUAAGCUUAAAUCCUGCUCCGUCCCAAACACUUGCAACGUUUUUGCCUCGAGAGUAGAUCACGACGAGACGAGGAGACAUCUUCCAAUUGUACGUGGGAGGCAUUGGCCACCUCCACCACAACACAGCACGGGAGGGAGGCCGCCAAGUGACAACCAGAAGGAUCGACCAGUGUGAGUUUAGCCUCUGAUGUCGCUUAACGACAACAUCGGUGGGAAACAGCCUUCGGACGUCGGACUUUGUGCUGAAGGAAGGGAAAGCUGAAUCGGAGAAAGGCGAAGAUGAACCAAACGGCGUCCGUCUCUCAUCAGAUUGAGUGUCAUCCCGCCAAAGAUGUCAAGGAUUUUGUGGACAUCAGCACCCCGCAGCGCAACUGGAAGGGCAUCGCCAUCUCUCUGCUGGUCAUUGUGGUCGUCUGCUCGCUCAUCAGCGUAUCUGUGGUGCUCCUCACGCCUGCCGAUCUGGCAGGCAGUAUCAAGUCUGAGCUGACUGUAGACGAUCUGUACGCUUCCGAGUUCACCGUGCACGAGCCAGAAGUCGCAUGGAUAAGCGAUUCCGAGGUGGUCUACAGGAACCGAGACAAGCAUGUUGUGAAAUUUGACUUCACUCGCAACGAGAGCCAAGUCCUGCUUAGCGACGCCACUUUUGUGGCAUUCAAGGUGGCAAAGUACUCGCUCUCGGCAGACCUUCAAUACGCGCUCUUUGCUUAUGACGUCAAACAGAUGUACAGAUUUUCCUACCAGGCUUCCUACAUCGUUUACAACAUAUACACCCGGGAGGUUUGGGAACUGAACCCUCCGGAAGUUUCCAACGCUGUGCUGCAGCAUGCGGCGUGGGGGAAACAAGGACAGCAACUGAUUUACAUUUUUGAGAACAACAUCUACUACCAGUCGGACGUGAAGAGCAACUCCUUGAGGAUCACCUCUUCUGGCACGGAGGGCGUCAUCUUCAACGGGCUUGCUGAUUGGCUUUAUGAAGAGGAGAUUUUGCAUUCGCAUUUGGCCCACUGGUGGUCACCUGAUGGAGAGAAACUGGCUUUCCUCACUAUCAACGACACGCUGGUGCCCAACAUGGCUUUGGCCCAGUUCACUGGCAGUGCCUACCCCCGAGGUGUCCAGUACCCGUACCCCAUGGCCGGCCAGACAAACCCAGCGGUCAAGCUGUCUGUGGUCCAUCUUUUCGGGGUAACACACACUGUGGAGCUGCAACCUCCCGAUCAGCUCAGGCUGAGGGAUCUCUACAUCAGUAUGGUGAAGUGGAUCAGCAACACGCACCUGGCCGUGCGCUGGCUCACUCGGGCCCAGAACGCAUCCGUGCUGACCGUGUGCGAGGCCGCCGUGGGAGUCUGCCUUGCGAGACAUGAGGACUCUUCAGAUUCAUGGAUCUCCAGGCAGAACCAGGAGCCUUUGUUUUCAAAAGACGCAAGCAGGUUUUUUCUUACCGUUCCUUUGAGACAAGGAGGUCAAGGGGAUUUUCAUCACAUUGCCAUGUUCACCAAAAAGGGCGACAAGGACGAGAUUGAACACGUGACGUCCGGCACCUGGGAGGUGACGCAAAUUGUGGCGUACGAUGAAAACAAGCAGGUCAUAUACUUCCUGAGCACAGAAGUUUCUGCGCAACAGAGGCAUUUAUACAGCGUGUCCACCUUGGGUGCGUUUCCACGACAAUGCCUCACCUGCGGACUGCGCGAAGCAUGCACGUUCUUUGAGGCCGACGUCAGCCCAGAUGUCGAGCACGCCGUCCUGCGUUGCAAAGGUCCGGGAGUUCCAUCGGUUCUGCUUCUUAGUUUGGACGAGGUGGACUCCUAUUUCAUCCUGGAGAACAAUCACCCUGUGUGGUCGAUGCUGUCCACCAAAAGAACGGUUCGGACCCAAAUCCACACCGUCCAUCAUAACGACUUGGAGCUGCCUCUGAAGCUCAUCCUUCCUCUUGACUUCUCCGAGUCCUUCCUCUACGGCCUUCUGCUCGUCGUCGGCAGCUCUCCUGGUGACCAGGCGGUCACGGAGGAGUUCAAGCUGGACUGGGAUCAAGUGCUGGUGGGCUCCGAGGAGGUGAUCGUGGCUCGGCUAGACGGUCGCGGUUCUGCGUUCCGAGGUCAAAGGAUGUUGCAUCACCUCCACCAGAACAUUGGGCAGGCGGACGUUGAGGACCAGAUAGCAGCUCUGGCGUACUUGGUGAAGCUUCCCUUCAUCGAUCCGACCAGGGUCGGCGUUUUUGGAGAGGACUACGGCGGUUACUUGACGCUGAUGCUGAUCAAGUCGACCGAGGGGUUGAUCCGAUGCGCUGCUGCUCAGGCUCCUGUCGUUGAUUGGACCAUGUAUGCUUCAGCGUUCUCAGAGCGAUAUUUCGGCACACCUUCUUCUGAGGAGAACAGAUAUCAAAUGUCCAAAGUUCUCCCAGACGUCAAAGGCUUGCAGGGAGGAACUCUGUUUCUCGCCCAUGGGACUGCUGAUGCAAACGUUCACUUUCAACACUCAGCGGAGCUCAUCAAGCACUUGAUCAGGGUGGGAGCCAACUACACCAUGCAGAUCUACCCUGAUGAGGGCCACUUCCUGUCAAGACAAAGCCAGAUUCAGCUGAGGCACUCUCUGAUUGGCUAUUUUAGAGGUUGCCUGUUGGACGCGUCAUCAUUACUCGACAGGCGUGCUGAAGAUGAAUGAGGAGGUCCAUAGAACAAUUGUGUGUGUGUGUUUUUUACGCUUAGCACAAUAUUUCAGUCAUUGUGAAUUUAGAACAGGGGUGUCCUUUCCUUCGAGGGGAGCAUACACAAAAUCUGAGGGCACUGGCGGAGCUAGAUGGGGGGGCCGCAGGGGCACUGAUGAAAUAUACUUGGACCCCCCCCCAGCUGCCAGGUGAGAUCAUUGGCUUUUUUUUUUCUUUUUCCAACAAUUCCACCCUCUCCCAAAGGUGACAUGACAAAUCAUAGUUUUGGUGAAAUGUUUUUUUUUUUUUUUUGCAGCCCUUAUUGAAUUUGAGUAGUUUGAUUGGAGGUUGUGAGCUGCUAAGAAAAGCAAACAGCGGCAUCGUAACUUUAAUUUGGACACCCCUGAUUUAGAAGCUAAGGUAGAUGAAAAUAA